AUGGCGCGGUCCCGUAUGAAGGCCAAGUUCCAGGGUAAGCCACCCCGAAAGUCCAAGCGACUUGAUGACGAGGAAAUAUCGGAGGACGAUGCGUUUAAUGAGGAAGAGGAAGCCAAGUAUGGGCGUUUCUUCCAGUCGAAGCGUGGGAAGCCUUCCGAGGACAAGGGGGAGCUUUGGGACAGCCUAUUUGAGAAUGCAGAGGAUACACAUACUGUCGAUACUGCGGUAGUUGCCGCUGAUACGGCAAAACCGGAGCCAGUGCAAACUGAUGUUGCGCCACGUCCGACCCCUGAUUCUGAAUACGCGUUUACACGCCUGGAGGAGGACGCUGACUUAUUCACGGAGGAUGUGUCUAGAGAGGACGUAGGAGGCUUUGAUUGGAUUGCGGAUGUAGCUGAUGGCGACAGCAAAUACUCGUCGCUGAUCCAGAAGUUUCGCGAAAUUCGCGAUGAUCUGCCCGAUGUGUUCCGUGAGGAAUCUCGUUCCAAGGCGAGCCGAGAGGAGCGAAAGGAGCUUUAUGCGUCGACUAAGAAGACGGUCAGCAAGAGAUGGGAGCCUGUGCUGCAGCACAUCAAGCGUCAGAAACAUACGUCUUAUGGGGGCGCAGAGAGUCGCACCGAUCCCACUUGCGGCUCUAUGUUACAGUUGGAUGCCGAAACAGAGCUUGAGAAGGAACUGGAUGCACAUGCUAAUCUGGCGUACGAGCGUGCCCUGCAUGCCCGCGAGCUAAGGAAGAACAAACGUGUGAAUCGCAUCAAGAGUAAGAAUUGGCACAAGCGCCAAAAGAAGCGUGAUUUGGAGUUGUACGCCAAACUUAUCGAGAAGUCCGAUGAUCCCGAACUCACGAAGGAGCUUCUUGAAUCUUUCGAACAAAAGCGUUCCAAGCACCGUGUUUUGCGCAAGCGCAUGGCACAGGAGAAGUGGGCCAAGCUGGCCAUGCGUUUCGGCGAUCGCAGCGUCUUGAAGCAGAUUUCGAGCGCCCAGCAGCAGCUGAAGGAUGACCUUAGUCUGAUCAAGGAUACUAUCGACGGUGCUGCCGAUAGGGAGGGAUCCGACUCGGACGAUGAAUCCGAUGAUGGUUCGGAGUCCUCGUCUGACGUGGAGUCGACCUCCGGCGACCCCGAUGACGAGGUGCUGGCGAAGCUGAAGGUUAUCGCAAACCCCAAGGCAGAGGGACUUCCUCAGAAGGGUCUAUUCGCUCUUAAGUUUAUGAAGGAUUCGUUACAGAGUAAGAUAGAAGCACAGGAUGCUGGGGACGGCUCGGGGUCACAUUCGGCAGUAGCCCUACGGGACAAGGAGGAAGACGAUUAUGACAUCGAAUCAAUAGCGUCAGAAUCCGACAGCGAAGAAGAGGCCGGCGAAACCGCACGUGAGUCUGACGCCCUGAAGCCCUCUCCGAAAGUUAGCGACGAGGAACUAAAGAAGGCUAUGCAGCAGAUUCAGAUGGCUCUAGGAGGUGGUGAUGACUCUGACGACGAGGAGACUGAGAUGUUUGGGACAGCCACUACGAGCGCCAGCACCUCUGCACAGGCCAUGCACAAGGAGCCUAUUCGCCAAGAAGCGCGUCAGGUACCCGAGGCCAGCCCUAUCGAAAAGGUCAAAUCCGAUGUUAAACGGGAAUCAGACGCUGUGUCUGAUACUGUCAAAUCGCAAGUGGCCGGUGCGCCGAAGGUCAAUCAUGCUAAACCCAAGGCGGCUUCAGCUGCCGCAGGGUUUUUGUCCGAGGACACAGGUCUGGACAACUUCAUCAAAAACCUAGGGCCUGCCAAGAAGCGUGACGCCACUAUAGAGAUGGCCCAGCGUUUGUUUGUAACCAGAGGCGAUGAUGAAGCCCAACUGUCUGAAGAGGAGUCGGAGACUGAGGAGGCCGCAUCCGACCAGCUGAAGGGUUGGGGCAGCUGGACUGGAUUUGGUAUUGUAGAUACAAAGGCUGCUAAGCCGGCUCCUGAGAAACCCGAUAAAAAAGGGCGUGUUGUUAAGGUGUCUAACAAGAAGAGCGCGAAGCUGGGCAAGUACCUCCUGCACCGGGUUCCGCAUCCGCACAAGAACAAACACGACUACAAUGCUAAGAUGGCAACUACAGUUGGCCCUGAAUGGAACACCAGCAAGAUGCACGCCGAUUUGAUACAGCCAAAGGUGGGUUUGCAUACGCUGAAGCAACACUCUUCUCAGACCAGUAUCGCGGUGGGCUCCGUGGUGAAGCCGAUUUCUGCCGAGGGCGCCAAGGAGUAUGUGAAGCGCAUGAGCAAGGCUUUACAACGGAAUCGCACCCGGGCGAGGCUAUAG